AUGAUUUUACUAUCUGGCGAUUUCCGACAAACACUACUAGUCAUUCCAAGAUCUACUGCUGCCGCCGAAAUAAACGCUUGCCUCAAAGCAUCAAAUCUGUGGCGAUAUGUAAAUAAACUUCAACUGUCUGUUGAAUCUGCUGAUAAUUUCUCGAAGCAAUUGCUGACUAUCGGUAAUGGCCGAGUUCCUGUUGACAAAUCAAGCGGUUUGAUUUCAUUUCCUCCAAAUUUUUGCAAUUUCGUAUCAUCAAAAGACGAGCUUAUCAAAAAAGUAUUCCCGGAUAUCAUCGUUAACCACAAAAAUACUAAAUUUUUAAGUGAGCGAGCAACUUUGGCCGCUGAAAAUAAAGAUGUAGAUAACCUCAAUUUUAUAAUUCAAAAUCAAAUCGCUGGUACUCUGUAUUCAUUCAAAUCUUUCGACCGUCUAACAAACUGA